AUGCUACUCCGGCUCAUCUACACCCUCCAGCUCCGCAUCCUCUCCGCUGGCUGGCCAUCAGCGCCACCCUGUGGCUCUGCGGCUAGCAGACAGACUGUCUCUCGCUCGCCGGCCUUGGUUACAUGCUUGUCUUCGACCCCCUUGGCGCCGCACAUUCCCUCCUCUUCAACCCCCGUCUGGACGACGGGUUGGACCGGCUCUGGGAUGCCCUGUGCACUAAGGACGGCGGCUCCAUCAUCCGCUUGCCCCUUUGGGUCCUUUCGCUAUGGAUCUUCCGAGCACUACGGCUCGCGCUUCUCUCACUCCGAGCAAAACGGCUCGCGCUUCUUUUUCGAGCACUACGCCUCGCGCAACCCCCAGGAACACCACGGUUCCAUCGCCCUCCUUCUCGCAUCAUCCUGGAGCUUCUGGUCAACGAGGUAG